AUGGAUAGCGAUGGGAAAUACGUUCGUAUAAGGAAAGAUUUUGUAGCUUAUUCGAGUGAUGAAGAACUUGAACAAGAAGCUAGCCAUAACAGUAUUGCAGAAAGCAACAGUGAAAAUUGUGACUCGCGCAGCGACUGUUCUGAAACAUACAGCGAUCAUAGUCAAUGCCCCGUUAUCGAUAGCGAUUGUGCUGGUCAGCAAGACAGUGAAGACAGCAGACUUUCUAGAGACGAAAUCAACGACCCAGUGAUUGCUCGUACUACUGACGGAGAAUCGGAUCCACAAACCAACACGAACACUAACACCCAAAAAGGUGAUAGCGACCGCAUGCAACAAAUAGAAAAAAUAUUGGCUGAACUUACUAAAGCAUUCAAACAUUGUGAGUCUAACAUGCCGACUAAUCGUCAAACUGAGCAUAGUUGGGAUUUCAGCGGUGAAACAUCUAAGCCUCAAAACUCAUACCCAAACGUUCGUUUGGAACAUAUCAAUCGCUUCCCAAGCGGAAUUCGUCCCAAUCAAAUGUUGGCUGAAUGGUUCGAGUUCAUUGAAAACUUUGAGGUAGCGAUGUCAUUGUACAAUGCAAACGAUCCUGUAUAUAGAUCAAAGUUACUAUAUCUCUCCCUCGGUCAAGAGCUACAAGCAAUUGUAAAGGCUGCUAACCUGCGGCCCGCUUUAAUAGACACAAAUUGCUACAGAACAUUUGUAGAAAAUAUAGAGAACCACUUACGCUCAAUGACAGACACGGCUGCUGAACACCGGGCAUUUCUCAGUAUGAAACAGGAGAAAGGCGAGUCUACGGUUGCGUUUCAUGCUCGGUUAGUUAGAAAUGUGAAACUUUGUGGUUAUAGUGUUUGUGACCAAAAUCGGUUUGUUCGGGCACAAUUGCUUGAUGGUCUGAAAAACAAAGAGUUGGUAAAAGCGGCACGCACAUAUGGACACGACACCAACUUCAUAGUGCAGUCAUCCACUCGAUAUGAGGCUUACGAAUCGGAAAUAACUCAGCAACCAAUAGACCCGAAUGUUUUCGAAAUUGGUCGAAACCAUGGAUAUAACAAACGAAGCAACCAGUGGAUUGACAACAGCCAAUGCAAGUAUCGCCGAAUGAAUCAAAACUAUACGCAAGAUCAUCGAUCUAGUUACAUCGAUCGUGGAAACAGUUACUUCAAGCAACCUAGUGGCCUGCAUCUCAACACUCAAACACGUGGUCGACGAUCACGGUGCCCAAGAAAAUGUAAUGCCUGCGGCCAACAAGGACAUUUUUCGGUAACAUGUCGAUCAAAACGCCUUCGACCGGUUGAGCAGAGGGAGCUAGGUGGUGAACCUUCUGGCGAUGAAAUUAGCGUCGACUCAAAGCAGAAUAUAAACGCUAUAAGUUUGGACGAGGCAUUAAUCGAUUGUAGUGUCGCAUCCUGUAAACCCAUUCGCUUUCUCAUCGAUUCGGGGGCUGAUGUAAAUGUCAUCGGUGGCAAAGAUUGGUUGAAUCUAAAACGUGAGCUCAAGGCAGAUUCAACAGAACUCGAAAUUAUUCAACAAUCUCAAAAACAUCUACAUGCUUACGCUUCUACUCAACCAAUGCCAAUCGAAUGCAUAUUCAAAGCGAAUGUUGAGGUACUAGGUGCCGAAAAACCUUCAGUUAUCGCAUUGUUUUACGUUGUCCCGAACGGCAUAAGAUCACUUUUAGGUAGAUCCACUGCUAGUGACUUGAAAUUGUUGCAGGUGGGAAUGAGUGUGAACAGCGUUAAAACACUUGACCACAUUUUCCCGAAAAUGCCGGGUGUAUCAGUUAAAUUCAAUAAUGCAUACUAUAAUGUUCCGGCAGCGUUCCGGGAGGCAGCACGACAAAGGUUACGUGACAUGGAAAAACAAGGAAUAAUCGAAAAGGUUACGGCUGCACCUAGCUGGAUUAGUGGUAUGUCAGCCGUAGCUAAAGACCUUAGCAAUGCGUUCUACCAUUUAGAACUUGACGAAGAAUCGCGCGAAUUGACAACGUUCCUCGCUGAAAACGGCAUGUAUCGUUUCACUCGGCUAAUGUUCGGAGUUAAUUGCGCUCCAGAAAUCUUUCAACGGGAAAUGACUCGCUUGUUCAUAGGCAUGGAAAACGUGAUUGUGUACAUAGACGAUAUCCUCGUUUUCGCUAAAUCCUUAGAAGAAUUAAGGAUAACUGUUAGAAAAGUGCUGGAAAUUUUGCGGAUCAAUAAUUUAACACUCAACAACAAUAAAUGCGAGUUCGAUAAAGAGCGUAUAAAAUCAAGAGAAGAAUCAAAGCGGGCUCUGACUCGUGCGGACGGCUGGGCACUCAGAUUAAGUCCAUACAGUUACGAAAUUGAAUAUGUGCGCGGCAGAGACAACAUAGCCGACCCAUCUUCUAGGCUAUAUGAUGGGGAAGACGAACCGUUCAAUGAUGACAUCAGUCCAUGGGAAAUAGCGGCGCUCGAAGCCAACGCUGUAAACAUUCUGACUGAACAAGAGAUCGCGAGCGCUACGCUAAAGGAUGAAACACUACAACGCGUAAUAACCGCUCUAGAAACAGGGCAAUGGUCUGAUGUAGAUGAAAGGUACAAAAAGGUGAGGGAAGACCUAUCUAUCCGGGAUGGUAUUAUAAUGAAAACGGGAUGUGCAGUCAUUCCAACUACGCUGCAGAACAAAGCUCUCGAAAUAUCGCAUGAAGGGCAUCCGUCGAUUGCGAAAAUGAAGAGUAUAAUCAGACAACGCGUUUGGUGGCCAGGUGUAGCGAAAAUGGUUCAAAAAUGGGUAGAAUCAUGUGAAACGUGUGCUAUAAACGGAAAACCAGAGAGACCCACCCCGAUGCAACGGAUGUUCGCUCCAAAAGUUGUGUGGGAGACAAUCGCGAUCGAUUUUAACGGUCCUUAUGUGAUAUUUGGAGGUAUCUCAAUUCUUGUCGCAAUAGAUUACAGAUCACGAUAUCUGAUUGCUCGCCCCGUAAAGUCCACGGGUUUCGAAUCAACCAGAAAGGUCUUAGAAGAGAUUUUUGAUAAGGAGGGAUAUCCAAAGAAUAUUAAAUCCGACAACGGGCCUCCGUUCAAUGGUACAGAUUAUAAGGAAUAUUGUGCAGAGCGAGGUAUAACAGCACUGUUUUCCACGCCCUUGUUUCCUCAACAGAAUGGACUUGUGGAAAGCGCAAUGAAAAUAGUCAACAAAGCAAUGAAUGCUGCCGUAUGCGACAAAACGAGCUACAUUGAUGAGUUACGACAAGCAAUACACGCAUAUAAUGCUGGGGCCCACAGCAUUACCAAAUUACCACCCGAGGAAAUUAUGUCAGGAAGGAAAAUCAAACGUGGAUUACCGUUGAUUAACUACCAACGAGUUCCAAUUGACGAUAAAGCCUUGGACAGCAUGGAUCGUCAGGCAAAGUUGAUUGGAAAACAUAGGGAAGACUAUCGAAGAGGAGCACGAAAAUGCCGUGUGAAAGAAAUCCCGCAAGAAAUUUUCAGUCAAUUCGACGCGGAGAUCGUAUAA